UCAGCAAGAGGGCGCACCGGGCCGAGUCCCCCAAGGAGGUUUUGGGGGUGCAACUCUGCCGCUGCCCACCAUCCUGGACCAGCCCAAGCCCUGAAAGCGCCGGGCGGAAGAGAGCCGAGCGAAGCCUCCCCCCUCCUCCCUGCCCGAGACCGGGGAAAGGAGGGCCCAGCAGAAGCCUCGGGCGCCCCGGGAGGCGAGUGGCUGCGGCGGCGGCAGGCGAGCGGGCCUGCCACUUUCCUUCUGCCCGCUUGCAUCACCGGGGCCCUCCCAGGACGGCCGAGCGGCCGCAUCCGUUCCCGGCCCACGAGGUGUGGGGAGGGCUGUGCCGGCCUGCCGGGCGGGGAGGUGGGGGGCCCGGCCGGAGCGAGGGGCCAGCGGCGAGCCUUUGGGGCUGCGCCGCGCUCUCUUGGGAAGGGGCCAGGCGCCUUCUCUGCUCCCCCCCACCUGCUGGGGAGCAUCCUCGGAGCUUGCCCCGCACCCCGCGGCCAAGGAGGAGCGCCUGCCCGCCUGCAUCUGUGGUUGUCUUCUUCUUCUUCUUCUCCCUUAGGGGGGCAGGAAGGCCGGAGAACUUCCGUGGAGUUGGCGCCCUCCAUGCCCAGCCCCUGAGAGGAGGGGAGGACGAUUUCAGCGCUUGAGACCGGGGGGGUGGUGGUGGAAGGGAGGGCCAGUGCAAGCCCAUUGCCGGAGGAGGAAGCCCUCCCAGCCCUCGCCUACCUCAUCUGCCGCACGUCCACCUGCUCCCGCCCAGAGGGUGGCUCUAAUUCCGUGACUCACCUGCGCGGCAAGAACGGGUGCCUUCCACAGACACAAGACCUUGGCAGGUGGCCAAAGCCACGCAGCCUUCCCUUCUGAAUCUCCGCCGCCUUUGCCGCAAAAAGGAAGAGCUCCAUCAUUCAGGAGUGCUCUCCGGCUUGCCCUUAAACAUUCUACAUAUCAUAUCCAGGUCUGUUUUCCGUUGGUAAAAAGAAGCAUCUGGCUUUGUCAAGUCUCGUUGCUGUCGCUAACUUCUGUUUCCAGCCUGCACCUGCCUGCCUAUAAACCGUCUGGUGUUCCUCGCGUCCCCCCCCCCCCAACAAUCCAGGACAAAACCCUUCUUGUUCUUUCAUGAGCGUUAGGAGUCAGUCGGACAAGAAAACCUGCCUCUCCAGUUUCGGCCUGGAGACAGAAGUAAGCUCUUGGAGGCUUCAGGCCGCGGACUGUUUUGUCUUGUUUUGCUGAGAUACGGUAAAAUUUACAGUUUUGGUUGCGCUGUUGUUUCGCCUUUGACACGAUGUCCACCCGGGAGAGCGUGCAGAUUCCGGAUGACCGAGAUUUCGACCACUUCCGAACAGAAUGCAACUCCGAGGACGGUUGGAGCCUCACGUACAAUAAAUCCGGGAUUGUCGUGUGGAUCCAGAUCCUCGAGGCGGAGAAGUCCCUGCACAAAAUCAAGUGCAGGAUGGACUGCAAGGAUGUCUCUGCAGAAACCCUCUACGAUGUGCUGCACGACAUCGAAUACAGGAAAAAAUGGGACACAAACGUCAUCGAGACCUUUGACAUUGGCAAGCUGACCGUCAACGCUGAUGUGGGAUACUAUUCCUGGAAGUGCCCGAAACCCUUGAAGAACCGCGAUGUCAUCACGCUCCGUUCCUGGCUUCCCAUGGGCAGUGACUACAUCAUCAUGAACUACUCCGUCAAACAUCCCAAAUACCCCCCUAGGAAAGACAUGGUGAGAGCAGUCUCCAUUCAGACUGGCUACCUGAUUCAGGGGAAAGGAGCAAAGAACUGCAGCCUCACCUACCUGGCUCAGGUAGACCCCAAAGGUUCUUUGCCAAAGUGGGUGGUGAACAAGUCCUCUCAGUUCCUGGCUCCAAAGGCAAUGAAGAAGAUGUACAAGGCUUGCUUAAAAUAUCCCGACUGGAAGCAGAAACACAACCCACAUUUCAAACCGUGGCUGUACCCGGAGCAGAACGCCCUGGGCAGUGUGGCGCUCUCAGACCUGGCCAUCCAGCAUGCCGACUCCCUCGAGAACAUAGACGAAAGCAGCCUCUCUGAGACCAAAGACGACCGGGGCGAAGGCAGCGACGAGGACAGCGUCAACUAAGCGGGCCAUGCAUCACUGACUUGUGUCUCCACUACAUUCACACACCGGGGCUUCUUUUUGUCUGUGUAACCCAGCCCUUGCCAAUCUGGUGCCCUCUACCUGUGCUGGCUGGGGCCGGCGAGAGUUGCAGUCCAAAACAGUUGGAGGGCACCAAGUUGGUAAAGGAUGGUGUAACCAAUGCAGUUGGGGGGGGGUCAGGAAAAAAACAACCCUCCACAUCAUUCUCAAAUACACACAUGGUGUCAGGGGAUGAACUGAAGGAUUCAUCUCUACUUAUAGUCUUAGCUUCCUGGUGCUCUUGUCUAAAGCAGCCCUCUCCAACCUGGUGCCCUCUCCAGGUGUUUUGGACGGCAACUCCCAUCAGGGCCACCCUGGGCGGCCUUUCCAUGAGGGGGUUGAUGGGAGCUAUAGUCCAAAACAUUUGUUUUGUAAUAAAAUGUAAUAAAAUAAAUAAAUAAAUAAAUAAAUUUGGAGGGGGCACCAGGUUGGAGAGGGCUGGUCUAAAAGCUGGGAAAGGGCAGUGGAAAUGGCCUCUUUCUUCAAGGGCAGAGAGCUGACUUUUGCAAAUAAAGGUAACUGCCGUGAAAUUCUUCUCCACUCACUAUUCUGAGAUCUGUGGCUGUCUGUCUAGCCCACGAAUAGCCAACGUGGUGCCCUCUGGAUAUUUUGGACUGCAACGGCCCUCAUCCCUGACCACAGGCAAUCUUGGCAGUGGCUAAUGGGAGCUGUAGUCCAUCACUUCUGGAGGUUGGGGAAGGCUUACUGAGCCACACAUGUGCUCCCUUGAGCCCCUUUCAAACGUCACUUCCUGCAGUUGGCAUCUUUCUUUAGAUGGGGAGGGAGGCGGGAAAGGUGAAACCUUUAUGUAGUCUUUCUCAACCUGUGGCCCUCUAGAUGUUUUGGACGACCACUCCCAUCAGCCCCAGCAUCUUAUGCCUGUGCUGCCUGGGGCUGGUGGGAGUCGUAGUCCACAGCAACCGGAGGCCACUAGGUUGACAAAACCCACAUUUUAUUAAAGUAAGUAUCAGCAGGAUGAACCCUUGGGGACAAACCACACGAGCCACAGCCUCAGGUGACAUAUCUGCUGCUGGCCUGGGCCACUCCAGACGGCAGCUGGGUGUGCAUUGGGCUGAGAGUCUCAAAUGUUUGGUUGCUUCACCAUUUUAUUUUUUUAAAAAAACACAACUCACUGCCACCGUACCCAGGGAGAAGACAAAGAAACCUCCCAGCUGUGCCAGUUUGGCUCUAACUUCCUUGUGUUUGUGUGCUGCCCUCUGAGUAGGGUUGCCUUUGCAUAAACACAGGGGAACUCCAAACUUCUGGUGCCUUCAGGGCCCCAAUCCUCUGGUUUGCUUCUGGAAUGAUUCACUGGAUCAUUUUUAACUUGUCAGUUUCAGCUGGGGAACAUUCCUUGUGGAGUUAAAGGGUGGGUAGGUUUAAUGAGAGGGCCCAGAGCCCUCUGUGCAUGCUCGAAGACCUGCAGGCAGGGCAAGAACCCCCUACCCCAUGCAUUAUGCAAGAGAUUUCAAGCUGUCAGGCUGGUUUCUGAAACAGCUUCAGAGGUGGACGGGUGGGGCAGCCUUUCCCUUGCCUCGCCUCUUUCCCUGCUGUCUUGACCAACUCUGCACAAUGAAUUCAAGUAAUCUUGCACGCGUCUGCAUUUUAAUUUCCAAGAUUGCCUUUGAAUGGGAGGCACUGCAGAUGAGAUGUCCUGUUCCUUUUAGGUUCUGAGCUGGCAGAACACUCGAUCGGUCCAUCCAUUACGAAUGAUGGCUGCUACAAUCUGUCUCAAGGCGCCUGGCUCCAGAUGACCCCCGCCAUGCCCUCAGUGUAAAUUGAGGCACUGGGUGGGUACAUUGUGCUGGACAGCCUGCAGUUCCUCUCCGGGGUGAAGGGAGUGGGGAGAGGCAACUGAAACAUUUCCUCUGCCCCACAGAGCUGCCUUUGCACCAACAUAGUUCAGACUGGAGGGCCCUGCAGUGGGGGGGGUGGAUUAAUCCCCCUCCCCCAGACAAUUGCUCCCAAAGAGAUGUCUGGGGAAACACUAUGGACACUCCCAGGCACCUGUACAUACGUAUCCAUCUGGUUCAGUGGCUGCUGUUUUCUCUCUUUCCUGUGUUAUUCUGUAAUCGUUAUUAGAGCUGCCUUGUAAGGGUGUUGGGGAAUCUUUUUCAGGGGGGAGUUUCUGCUCUGGGGGGGCACAGUUGCUUCUGGGACCAGGAAUCUCCUCCAGGCUUUGUCUCUCUGGCCUCUUGUUGUCCUUCUCUACAUGAUCCGUACAUGUCUGGAAGCCUGAAGCCCCCUCUGGCCUCAAAUCUGGGGUUUGAAGACUGUUUUUAUUUUAGGGGGGGCUUCCCUGAAGCCCCUUUUGCAUUUCAGGGGGAGCAGAAAAAGAACAAGAGAUUUCAUACCUUGUUAUUGGAGCCGUUUGUUUCAAAAUAAAAGGAAUUC